AAUAAGAAUUCUUUUUUAUUUCAGCGUAAAGUAUGUCAAUUCUCUAAACAUAUUCGAAGCUCGUUUCUUAGUCUAUCAUACAAACUUUCAAAACCAUUUGCAUUAAUUCAUAGCGAUGUAUGAGGAUUUUUCAGGGUCACAAACAUUACCGGAACUAGGUGAUUUGUAUCCUUUAUUGAUGAUCAUACGAGAAUUACCUGGGUAUUUCUCAUGAGAGAAAAAUCUGAAGUUGGACCCAUAUUUCAGAAAUUCAACACUAUGCUUCAAACUCAGUUUCAUACCAACAUACAAGUGUUGAAGUCUGAUAAAGCAUGAGUUUAAAGCAUGAAUUUGCUCCAUUAGCUGCACCUUGUUGCAAAGAACAAUCCAAAUACCAUGGCCAUCACUUGUAAGUUUCCUCUCCUGCAUCUUAGUGGAGCGUAGCAAAGUGGUGCUCCUACUCUAGCAGAAACUGUAGAGGGGCAGAGGGAGAUAGGGACGAGAAAUAGUUGUAUUAUUUGAUUAUUGUACUGUGAGAGUGAUGGGUAAACUGGCAGUUGCUGCUGUUGUGAUCCUGUGGGUAGUUCCCAUAUCAAUCCUCGUCAACCGCACUGUUCCUGAGCCUUAUAUGGAUGAGAUAUUCCAUGUACCGCAGGCUCAACAAUAUUGCCAAGGAAAUUUCAGUAGUUGGAAUCCGAUGAUUACUACUCCACCUGGCCUGUACUACCUUUCGCUGGCCUAUGUUGCUACUUUGUUUCCAGGCAUGUUUUUUCUACAAGCAGCAUCAUCAUUUUCAGAAGCAUGCUCCCCUGCUAUGCUUCGCUUUACAAACAGUAUCUUGGUAGUGUUAUGCAGUGUUCUUGUUUUUGAGAUCAUUACCCACUUAAGACCAGUUCUCAGUGAUAAGAAAGCAACAUUUAUUGCAGUGAUCACAGCAAUGUACCCUCUUCACUGGUUUUUCACUUUUCUUUACUACACAGAUGUUGCAUCGCUAACUGCAGUUCUUGCUAUGUACCUAGCAUGUUUGAAGAAGAAAUACAAAUUCAGUGCAUUGCUUGGAGCCCUGGCCGUUUUCAUUAGGCAAACAAAUAUUAUAUGGAUGCUUUUUGUUUUGUGCACCAAGGUCAUAAAUAUUUCUUUGGGCCAUCAGAGGGAUAGCAUGAAGGAUGAUGAGUCAAUUGAGAAAACCAAUCAAAUAAAUCCCAAAAACAGUGUUAUUAUGAGCUCAAAUCUGAGAAAAAGAAAGUCUAAUGGCAAUGCAGAUAUUCAUAAACGUGCUAGGCCCCGUGCAAUUUCUGUAUCAAUGGCACCAAAACCAGGUUUGUUUGAUGAGAUUCUGGCUGUUAUUUUGACGUCAUGGCGUAUGAAGUGGGAGCUUUUGCUCACAUUUGGCCCCUUUUUUAUUGUAUUAAUGGCCUUUGCUGGUUUUGUUAUUUGGAAUGGAGGCAUAGUUCUUGGUGCAAAAGAAGCUCAUGUGGUUUCUCCACAUUUUGCACAGAUAAUGUAUUUUGGUCUGGUUUCUGCUCUUGCUGUGGCUCCUUUACACUUUAAUAUAAUUCAGGCCAGAGAUCUGUUUCGAUCAUUCUGGAAAAACAGGCCUAAUAGUUUGCUCCUAUGCGUGAUUGCUCUUAUUGCUGGUUUCCUUGCUGUGCAUUUUUUCAGCAUAGCUCAUCCCUAUCUUCUUGCCGACAAUCGGCACUAUACUUUUUAUCUCUGGAGGAAGGUCAUCAAUGCUGAUCAAUCAAGGAAGUACCUUUUUGUUCCACUCUAUGUUUAUUCUUGGUUUUCAAUCCUUAAUUUAUUAGGAAAAACUCGAAGGAAAGUUUGGGUCUUGGUUUUUUUCCUUGCAAAUGUUGCUGUUCUUGUUCCUGCACCGCUCAUUGAGUUCAGAUACUACACCAUACCCUUCUUUUUGUCCGUGCUUCAUUAUGAUAUAAAUAGUUACAGAAGUUGGUUGCUAAUAGGGAUUCUAUAUAUAGUAGUUAAUGCGUUCACAAUGAUGAUGUUCUUGUAUCGGCCGUUCCAUUGGAGCCAUGAGCUUGGAGUCCAAAGGUUUAUAUGGUAAAUGAGAAUGUUGAUAUAUUUUAAAUUUUGACGAUAUUUAUCUAUAUUUUAAAAAUAAUUUAUUUGGAUUUUUUUUGUAUUUAUUUUAAAAAAUAUUUGAUGUACAUCUUAUAGAGUUUUUAUUUGUGAAGAACUCUACUAGUUCACUUGUCGGUUUUAUCCGUGAAUGUAGACACACUGCUGAA